AUGAGGGUUGAACCAAAUACUCCAAUCUCAAAAGAAAGUCCACCAGAAGUUAGCUUAAAAUUAAUUAGGUCAUCAUCAUCAUCAACUCAUGAUUCCAAAAAUCAAGAUCAACAAAACUCAGAAACUCAUGAAGACGAUUACGAAACUAAAGACAUUAUCUACAACCCAGACGAAGAGUUGUUUAAUUUCAAUACCAUCGAAUAUACGAAAAGAAAAAGAGCAUAUACAAAUUACAAUUCAUUUUCAAAUUUUAAAGAAUUAGCAGCAUUUUUUAAACUAGAAAAUUCAACACUUGAAUAUUUAAAUAAUAAAAUAAAUCAAUUUAAUCAAUACCAAGCUAUAAUUAUUCCUAAUAAACAACUUUUAGAAUAUAUUGAUAGUGUUGAAAAAACCAAGUUAUUUUCUCCUGCUUCUGCUAUUGAUUGUUUGAUUCCUGCUAGUGAUGAUAUCGAAACCGAAAAUGGUAUGCAUGAUGAUGGUGUUGAUGCUACAAAGAAAAAUGGUUCAGAUGAUGUUGUUAAAGAAAAAAUUAGAUUACCAUUAGGAAGUAUAACCCAGUACAAAUAUGGUAAGUCUACUGAUGAAUCCAUUGAAAGCAAGAAAAGAGAUGGUGGUUCAGCUGAUGUUGAUGUUCCUCGAUUAACCAUCAACCCGUCAGUUAAAGCCCCAAAAGAUGAUGAUUCUGUAUCGAAGGAAGAUAAACUCCGGAAAGGUAAUGAAGAUAGAAGAAUUGAUGCUAGUCCAGUUGAUACUAAGAAGAUAGAACCAAUCAAAUUACCAUUAAUUGACAUAACUCAUUCAACAACCAAUUCAUCAGUUAAAAAGGAAUUAGAUAAACACAAUCAAAAAUCACUAGAUAAUCAUCCACUUUAUUGCGUAAGUUCAUUUAAAGCAAGUCAUUUAAGAAAAAAAACAAAUCCUUAUAAGGGAUUACAAAAUAAUGAUGAAAUUUCACCAAAAGUUGAUCAAGAACGGCCAUUAUUUAUACCACAAAGAAGAUCAAGAAAUUUAAAAAUGACCAAAUCAAAUAAUUUAAAUGGUAAAGAUCAAUUUAAAAAUGAACCAAUUAAUAAUCUUUUAAGGGAUAAUUCAUUAAAUUGUUAUCAAUUACAUAUGGAUGGGUAUAAUUCUUCAGUUGAUCAAAAGUCUUCAAAUGGUGGCACUUGUGAUGUUGAUGGAAAGUUGCAAAAUAAGAAAAAAUUUAUUGAAAAAAAAUGA